AUUUCCUGCGGUGCCUUACUACCGGUACCGACUUGACCGAAAUAUCAUUCAAGUCAUCAUGAUUGCUCGGAUAAAUGCCAUGUAUCGGGGAUCGAAAAAGUUGCUCAUCUUUCUUGUUGUAGCCUUGCUAGCUUGCACGAUCACCUCCGGAGUUUUGAUGGUAAUUGGAACCCGGGGUAUCUCGACGCAGGAGACCACCCUUUCCGCCGGCUACCAUAUCUGCAUCAUCGAAUUUGACACAUCCAUGAUAAAUUUGGAUUACGAGAGUCUGGUAUCCACUGCUGCGUGGGAGAUCCUCAACUUGUUUCUCGCAGUCUGGAUUGUCAUACGGCACUUCCGGGAACUGCGACAAUCGACGAUAGAAUUGACCAUCGGGGAUUAUUUCAGGAUAUUAAUAGAGAGUCACACAUUUUACUUUCUAGCGUCAGUUCGGUUAGCCUAAGCUAAUAUCUUGUUUCACUAGAGUUCCGUAUUUUAUAGCUUUGCUGCUGUGGCUUGCUUCG